UCUGCCCGCGGCUGCCGUCGGGACGCUUGGCCAUGUCCUGGAGCCGCGCGGUUUCGGCGGGGAGGUGGCUGGUGGCGAGCGGGAGCAGCUUGGCUUGGCGGCGCAGCGCGGCGGGAGCUGCGGGCUCGGGGAUGGGAAACAGCACAUCCUCCUCUGUGGGGAAGUCAGCAACUACUCCUGUGAACCAGAUCCAAGAAACGAUUUCUAACAAUUGUGUGGUGAUUUUCUCAAAAACAUCCUGUUCUUACUGUUCAAUGGCCAAAAAGCUUUUCCAUGACAUGAAUGUCAACUAUAAAGUUGUGGAAUUGGAUAUGAUGGAAUAUGGCAGCCAGUUUCAGGAUGCUCUUCAUAAGAUGACUGGAGGAAGAACUGUCCCAAGAGUGUUUGUCAACGGCACGUUCAUCGGAGGGGCCACUGACACUCACAGGCUUCACAGAGAAGGGAAAUUGCUGCCGCUGGUUCUUCAGUGUAACCUACAGAAGAGCAAGAGGAAAGCCGUGGAGUGACGUGGCCGUUCCCCGGGGCCAGUGAAAUCCGUACAGAUGGAGGAGAGUGCCCCUAAAGUCACCUGAAUGUUAUCUUACUAUUUUCUAACCUGGCAGAAGUGGACUUCCAGAGUGAGGGCUUCAGCUUUCUGGUCAAGAUGGCUCAGGAAUCAAGGGGAGUUUUGAGGAAGACAGUGGCCUGCUGUCAGUGAUCUUUCCUACAUGGAUUUCAAACAUUUGGAUACCUUGACACAGCGAGAAGUUAAGACUGUUCUUUCCUGAUAGUUCACUUAAGUUGUAAUGUUGGUAGGAAAAGAAUGGCAUAUUUUUAUUCCUUCAUUUUGCAUUAUAUCCUGAGAAAUUUUUUAUUUUUGCUGUUGUAAAACUCAUGUUAGAGAGUAGAGAAAGUUUGUUAUGCAUGAGGAAGGUAAAAACUGUCACUGUCGCUUUUAUUAAUUAUAUUUAGGUAUAAGGUCAGAGGCAGGUUACUUAGGUGCAUAGCUAUACUGACCAGGUGAUUAUCUGGUACUUGACUUUGAAGAACUUUCUUGUGGUAACCUGACUCCGACCUAGGGCCUGAAUGCUAGGCCGGUACCUUACCACUGAACUAUACAACUAAUCCUUAUGAAGAAUGUUUCAUUAGUUCUUCUUAGACUUGUGGAAAACAGAGCAUGAGUGGUACUUGUUUUAAGAUAAGCCAUAUCAGCAGAAGGAUCAAAAACAUCGACGGUAACAGGCUGUCUUAUCAUUUAUAAUUUUAUUUUAAAAAGAAAUAAACUCUUCCAGUGCUUACCUA